CUGACGUCAUGACCGAGCUGCCUGUAAUGCGUUUGUGAUGUGGAAGUUUAGUGAGAACACUGUUACUUCGUGGGUCAUCGAGACUAACUAGCUACGUGCUAAGUACUUUCUGCGUUCACUUAUUUUUAGAGUAUAACUCCUAAAGUAACCCGAUUAUACUAUCGUCGUAAAUGCACUCUGGGGGUAACGCGCAUUUUGGAUUCGCUCCAGUUAUUUACAACUUCGGAUAAUGCUCGUCGCGGUUUACACUCAAAACAAAGGUAAUUUCCGCUUACUGUGGUGUCGUUUAACAUUUUGAAUGCAGUUUUGAAACACCCCGCGUAUAAAGAACCGACUUGUCAGACCGAAUGAGUACUGUAAAUUGUAGCAGCAAUGAGGAGCUCGACUUCAGACUUAUUUUCGGGGAGGACGCGCAACAACAGCUAGGCCCCGCAGGACUUUCUUUCACAUACCCAGGUGCAGACCCAGAUGACAGCACGUCGUACUACGCCACCCACUCUUUGGUCAAUCAGCCUUUUGACCAGGCCCAUGACCCGCACCAGAGUCCCCAGCACCACCAAGAUGCCUCGAACCUGUCUCCCCUUCAGGCGUUUGACUCUCACCUCGGCACGGGAUACGAAGCUCACAGUUUCAGGUGCGGACCGGCGGGAAUCCACCCCAAGGCGUUCGACUGCCCCAGCAUCCAGAUCACAUCCAUUAGCCAGAGUCACCAGGAGCUGGCCUCGAGCCCGAACGCCGUGCCUGUCGGGGGGGCAGAUGGCGGUGGGGAGGGCAGCCGCGAACGGUCCUGGUCCCAGGAUCACCUUUACCUGCCCCUGGACCCGUGUUACCGGGACUCGUCCUCCCUGAACCCCAGCCCCUGUAGCAGCCUGUCGUCCCGGAGCUGGCUGUCCGACCUGUCCUCCUGCGAGUCCUUCUCCCACAUCUACGAUGACGUGGAGGCCGAGCUGAACGAGGCGGCCGCCCGCGUCACCCUAAGCUCCCCGCUGGCGUCCCCCCUGGUGUCGCCGGGCUGCUCGCCCCAGGGCCAGGCUGUGGCGGGGUUUGGGGUGGAGCUCUGGCAGCAGCAGUACUUCAUGAACACCCUCUCUCCGCACCAGUCCCCUCGCCAGUCUCCGCGCAACAGUGUCACGGAGGAGAACUGGCUCAACCCUCGCCCCGCCUCCAGGUCUGGCUCGAGGCCCACGUCGCCCUGCGGGAAGCGACGUCACUCCAGCGCAGAGGUUUACGGGCACGGACCGUCACCUUCGACCUCCCCUCAUCAGUCCCCGUGCCCCACGCCAGGCCACUCUCCUAGGGGAAGUGUAACUGAGGACACCUGGGUGGUUGGAAGCCCUGGUGCCACAGGGGGCAUCCUGUACAACCACCCUGAGGUAGACGUUCCCUCCAAGACCAGGAAGACCUCGCAGCAGGCUCACAUGGGUCUACUGCACGGGCAAGGGGAUACAGGUCUGGGGUUGGAAGACCAAGGGGUGGCGCUGCCUUAUCCAAACUCUUUUGCAGAGGAGCCUGGGGCAAGUCUGAAACAAGAAGGCCUUUUUGAAGAACUUUUUCUUUCCGUUCCCUCACACUUCUCCUGGGGCAAACCCAAGCCUGGCAACACACCCCUUUUCAGACCCUCGUCCCUGCCCCCUCUGGACUGGCCCCUGCCCAGUCAGUUUGGCCAGUGUGAGCUGAAGGUGGAUGUGCAGCCGCGAGGCCACCACAGGGCCCACUACGAGACCGAGGGCAGUCGUGGUGCUGUCAAGGCUGCCUUGGGAGGACAUCCUGUAGUCAAGCUCAUUGGAUACAACGAGAAGCCAGUCAGCCUUCAGGUUUUCAUUGCAACGGCAGAUGAUCGCCACUUAAGACCCCAUGCCUUUUACCAGGUGCAUAGAGUAACUGGGAAAACGGUGGCUACUGCUUGCCAAGAAAGCGUGAUAAGCUGCACUAAAGUUCUGGAAAUACCUCUCCUUCCCGAAAACAAUAUGUCCACCAGCAUUGACUGUGCAGGUAUCCUGAAGCUGAGGAACUCCGACAUUGAGCUCAGGAAGGGUGAGACCGACAUCGGACGGAAGAACACGCGUGUGCGAAUGGCAUUCCGUGUUUUUAUACCUCAGCCCAGUGGCAAGAUCCUGUGUCUGCAAGCUGCCUCUCUUCCUGUGGAGUGCUCCCAGCGCUCGGCCACAGACCUUCCCCAGAUGGAGAGCUGCAGUCCUGUCAGCUGCGUGGUCACCGGGGGGGAGGAGAUGGUCAUCACUGGCUCCAAUAUUUCCCCAGAGUCAAAGGUCAUCUUCCUGGAGAAAGGCCCAGAUGGACGCACGCAGUGGGAGGUUGAUGGAAAGGUGAUUCGAGAAAAGAGUAAGAGAUCCAGGAUUGUGGUUGAGAUUCCGCCCUACCACGACAGCACCGUGAGCUCUGCAGUCCAGGUGCAGUUCUACAUAUGCAACGGGAAGAGAAGAAGGAGCCAGACGCUGAACUUCACCUACUCGGCCGGCGCGUCUUCAGACCCAUAUACCGCCGCCGGCGAGGCGCCUCGUGUGAAGCAGGAGCACCGAGACUCUGCCUACCUGGCCGCCUGCACCAGCCUCCCUGGCCUGUGUCCCACCAGCAACCCGCUGGGGUCUCUGGACAUGGCCUUCUCUCAGGACGGGCCGUCUUACGGGCCCUCUGGUAGUCGCCCGGCGCCCUGUGCGCCGUCCUCCCAGCCGGCGUACCCUCCAUCAGGCUCCCCGGCCCUUCGGCACUCCCCUAACCUGCACGGCUACGGCCCCGGUGUGGGGUACCGGGGGAGAAGUCCUAUGGAAACCCCUGAUCCAACGCCCACCCCCCGGACUGGGCCCGUCUACCAGGCCACACAACACAAUAUGCCUUAUAACAGCCAAACCGGUUCUGCCGUGGGACCCGGCCCUGCUGCUCCCCAGGCCAGUCGGGCACUGCCUGUCCAGCCCGGGCCAACUGCCUUCAGCCCUCAUAGGGAGAGUCUGAUGUAUCAGAGCCUUAUUGGACCUGACCUGUCUGGCGUCACCGUCCAGUCUGCCGACACCAACACCCACAAUGCAACCCAGCUGCAGUCCCUCGGCUACCACUGCUCCCUGUCUGCCUCAGAGGCGGCGGCCCUGCCGGCCGAUCACGGUCUGAGCUACCGCUCUGCCGGAGACCUGCCAGCCUCUUAUUCCCCCACCCCCGGAGCAGCACCCUCCUGCUGUACCUCCCCGUCAGAGUUGGCCUGUGCUGUGGGUCCCCUGAGGCACCUGUCCCCCAGUGGAGCCGGCUUAGCCUCUGGCGUUGACCUCCGGGAGUGUCUCCCAGCACCUCAUUCCCUCUUCACCAACGACAGGGCAGGGAGAGUGAGCGUCAAGCAGGAGCCGGAGGAGAAGCAGGUUCCCAUGGGGCUCCAGGAGAUCACGCUGGAUGAUGUGAAUGAGAUCAUCGACAGAGACAUAUCCCAGCUCGGUGGCAGUGGUGCAGCAGAGUCCACCCAAACAGGAGAAGACCAUUUUGGAUGGGAUACAGUAAUACUCCAGUGACACUCACUGAUAGUCCAGUGAUAUAAUUCUUCUUUCUGUGGCCUUCAAGAGUCAUCUUUUCAUCAGUAACCAGGACGGGAGUUGACUGUUGUUAUCUAUGCAUUUUGGUAGUUCUAUUACCAAUUAUUUGCCUUUCCAGCAGCUCAGGAUUUUCAAGUCAAACUAAAAUAAAUGUCAGGAAUAAAGAUGACUAUACCUCUCAUACUAAAGCUUUUCUUUUUUUGCCCUUUAAAAAAAUUCUGAGAUUGAUCCGCAGCAAAAAAUUUGACAACAAAUGUCUGUAAAUGCGUCAAAUCAAGUAUUUACUGUUCAAAGAACUGUGUCACAGAAGAGGCUGAAGAAGGCCAUAUAUUAAAUGGUGUAUUAAUGUAAUAUUUAUUAACAAUAGAUUUUAAUGUAUUUUUUUAUACCUUAGCUUGUGCAGUUGUACGAUUCUUUAGAAUAAUUACACAUUUUCAUAACCUUAUGUCUGCCUGGUAUUCGAUGCCUAUUUUCUAUUUUAAGAUUUUAAUUAGUGAAGAAUAUACUGAAUGUUAUUCAUAAUUAUGUGACUGUCUCUGGCAGUAUGCAUAAGUGUGAAGCAGAUAUUUCCAAGGUUUAUUUUAUCAGGUUUUUGUUCAAUUAAAAG